AAAAGAUAAAAAUAAAGACAUAACUUCUUAAAAACGAACUAGUAUUUCUAAAAGUAUUUCAACGUGAAAAUUUAUUUUGCUCUAUGCUUUAAAGGAAACGAUACUGUGCGAGUUUUUUUGUGUUUUGACAUGAAUUAUUUAUAUGCAGUUUCGAUUCAUUUGAGCAGAAACAACAGUAACAUAAUUUAUUCACUGACACUAUGACCUCGCAGUCAUAAGGCUCUCUAAACUUCCUUUCUCAUGGCGAAUCAACAAAUACGAAAGCGACUUCUCGAAGAGAAACUUGGCUUAAACCAAAACGAUAUCAUAAAAUCAGGUUUUGACCAAGAAACUGUAAGUAUAGUUUGGGAUAUAGUCCACAAUAAAUACGAAAGUCUACGCGAGCACCCUUUAAUAACACAAGAUGAAACGACAUGGCCUGAUUGGAUAUUCUUUCUUGUAGUACACAACACUCAUGCUUCAAUUUGGGUAAUUGAGGAAAAACAUUUGGGUACGGUCGACAUGAUAGACCAAGAUUACCUCACUGCUUACGAUGUAAGCGAGUGCAUUAAACCCGGCUCAACUGUUCAACGUUUUCAUGUGGUAAUUCGUUCAGACAGUCGCUACUACGUUCAAACGGACGAGUUGAAUUUUCGUGGAAAGCAACCGGAAUUCGAUAUCUGUCUGUAUGUUGGCAACCUGAGUCUCUCCCUACGAGGAAUUAAGGUUGUGAUGGCCAUGAUUGCAAAACAGAAUUAUCUGCUACUUCAAAGCGAUUGUCUUGGUUACUGUAAAGAUUUUGUGAUGAUCUAUUUCGAUAUGAUCGAGAAAGAACUGACUCCGGAUCAUUUGAAGGUACUGGAACAGUUGACAGUAACCACAAACGCUUUGUCUGCUGCGAGUGAGCGAAGCGGGCGACAGAAUCCAACAUCGGGCUUGUCGCUCCGAUCGUUCCUAACUUCUACGAUUGCACAAGUUUACAUCGGUACAAUUCUUGGAGGAAUUACACUGUAUCUUUUACAUCGAGCAGUGAAUAAGUAGUUGAAACUGUCGAUAUAUAAAUGGGUUUGAUUUACACUGGGUAAAUAGCCAACUGAGCUACAGGGUCCAGUUGUCGAGAUCUAACCACAAGUUCAUGUUAUAUAUAUAGUGGGUUCUAGCUCAGUUGGUCAGAGCGCUGCACCGGAAUCGCAUGCAGGGUCGAUUCCUGCCACAGGGUCUACAGGGUGUAUAAAAAAAAACGGAGUCCUCACAUGAAGUGUGAAUUUCAAAGCGAAUAUGAAAGUUAGACGAUUUCACUUGCAUUCUUUCGAAAUCACGAUCUUUCGGCCAUUUUAUGUACUUUAUUUUAUAAAAUUUGGAAUUAUUGCAGGCGAGCUGUAUCAAUUUAAGUAAGUGCAAUUGGAAAAUUAAAAAACGUAGAUGUGUUGAAUUCAGAGUGUUGAAUUCAAAAUUUAUUUAAACGUUCCAAAAAAUAAGUUGGAAGUAUACACAUUUACUCAACGUGGCCUCUCCAUUUCUAAGUUCACACAAGUUCGUUCUUUGUCUCAUAUCCAAAAAAACUCUUCUUCUUCCCGAGUUUCCUUUAUUUCGAUUUAAACUUUAUGGAGUGGUUCUUCCAUUCAAUGCAUGCAGGCGGUAUUUGUUGACACUUACGCCAAACGCUCGGCGAUGAAGAUUACGUCCUGGAAAAGCUAUUUGAAAUUGUCUUAACACUGCAACAACGCUUUUUGUUUCGAAAUACUUUUCCACAAUGAAUGUUCUUUCCGGAAUUGUUAGCUUUGGCAUUAUGAAUGGUGAUUGUAAAGUUUUAAACAACAACGUUCUGAAUUUUAGAAAACUACCUUUAAUUAAGUCCCCAAGGGACUUCGAAGAUUAAUAUUUCGAAGCAUCUAAAAACGAGCGCUUGUACUAAAUUCUUUUUAUAGCGAUUAGCCUUAGUUCAAAAUUUUCAAGAAACCCUUCAUUCGAAAGAUGAAAAAACAAGCUUUAAAUUGAGCACAAAGCGAAACUAUGGUAGCUUAUUUUACGAUAGAAAUAAGGAUAUUUAGGACGACUCCGUUUUUUUUAUACACCCUGU